AUCGCAACAGGACGCGAGUGUGCGCGUAUCCCUGUCAGUAUCCGUCACUAUUUUUACUUUGCCGGUGUUUUAGUCCUCCCUGUUGUACGGUCUACCGUCCGUUUAUCCAUCUGAUUCCCGCGUAUCUUAAUCCUCUUAUCGCGGUUCAAGUGCUUCCGGACAUUGUAUACAAACACUUGAGUGAAUUUCCGAUCUCAACUACGAAAAGAGUGAGUCCUUCCUAUCUCACGACAUUGCGUAUUUCAUGCUCAGAAUUACCGGUUUUAUUUCGCAGGUGAUUUCAAAGUUUCCUUUCCGGUUCGCGUGUGAAAUUUGGAAGUGGUGACAAAAGUUGAGAACCUCGUGUUUCUAGUGACAGUUUAUUUUGUGUGGGAUUACAGAAGACGUGCGUGCGGUGAUCACUCUAGGAGGGAAAACAUGGACAAUUAUCGUUUCAAGGAUCGACGUUUGCGGUGCCAGUGAAGCACUGUGCUGAUUUCCGUUGUCGGAUUUCUGAUUCGAACGUAUUUUUGGAGUAGUUGAGAAUUUGUAAUUUCUCGAUAGGGAGAGACCGGUCGUCCUGCGUGACAACCUAACCUCUCUGUUUCGAGACCGCUUGGUCAGAUAGGCCUGACUUGGUAAGGAGACCGCGUCUAGCGGAUUACAGCAGCCAAAAUUCGGGUGAAGAAUAGGGAACCGUUGCCAUCCUACGCGAUGGAAAUAUCAGACGAGUACCAGGACAUGGGUAACUCCGGCGGAGGUGUUGCUAUGGCUAAUAUGCCAAUGCAUCACGGACACGCAUCUGACAGUCCAAUGUCGCACCAAGAAGAAGACCCGGAUUUGUCAGACCCUGAUCUACAAGAUGAAGAAAGUGGAGAGGAACUUCCACAACAGCCCCUUCAAGGAAACAAUCACACAUCACCGGAAAAUAAUUCCGUCCCAAUUAGCACACCGACUCCAAUAUCGCAUUUAAACAACCUCAUGAGUUCACACCAUCCCAGCUUUCUCGCAAAGUUAAAAAUGGAGAGUGACUUGGAGGCACUGAAUAACAAAAACGGCUUGGAGGCAUUACAAGCAGCUAUCGGAAGCGGUAACUUUGGUCUUCCAUUCUCGUUUCCGCCACCGUCAGCAUUUUUACCUCCACAUCAUCAUAGUCAAAAUAGUCAUUCUCAACCUGGCGGUGGAGGAACCGGUGACGGGGGUGGUGGUGGUAUCGGCAAUGCUAUGACGUCAUCUGCCAGUUCACACUCCAGCGAAUCGUCACAGGGUAGCGCCAGAAACGGCAUCGAGACUCGUGAACGAGAGAGUAGCAACCAUUCGCAAAGUAAUGCGCAAGGAAACUCACAUCAACAACAAACCAGCUGGAGCUUCGAGGAGCAGUUCAAACAGGUGCGUCAGUUGUAUGAAAUCAACAAUGAUCCAAGCAGAAAGGAAUUCCUGGAUGACCUUUUUAGUUUUAUGCAGAAAAGAGGAACGCCGAUCAAUAGAUUACCCAUCAUGGCAAAGUCAGUUCUAGACCUUUAUGAACUCUACAAUUUGGUUAUUGCCCGAGGUGGUUUGGUAGACGUAAUUAACAAGAAACUCUGGCAGGAAAUUAUCAAAGGUCUUCAUUUGCCGUCAAGCAUUACUUCUGCCGCCUUCACACUCCGCACUCAAUACAUGAAGUACCUCUAUCCAUAUGAGUGUGAUAGGAGGCAUUUGUCAACCCCAGCGGAACUGCAAGCAGCUAUCGAUGGUAACCGGAGGGAAGGACGAAGGAGCAGCUAUGGAGCAUACGGUGGUGCAGGUGAGACCCUCGUCCAGAGGAAUCCUCACACACCAAGUUCAUUGGCCCUCCAUCCGCAAAUGUCACCGUUGUCACUUGUCACCGCGGUGGCAGGUGGUCAACACCACGGGCCACAGUCUUUGGUUAACGGAAGCGCUGCACACACACCCCUAUCACAUCAUCCUCAUCAUCCCCAGCAUCCACAGGGAGCCAUGGGACAACCUGCCGUCCCUGGAAUGGCUCCAGAGUUUCAAGAACGGAUGGUGGAGUACAUUAAACUCUUGAAUAAGGAACUGAAGAACUCUGGUACCGCGGAGCAGAUGAUGAUGCUCAGACAAGGUAGUGGAUCCCCUCCAAGAUCAACAUCUCCUCGAGAGAGUGGCUUCAAUGUUCUUGAUAUGAGUAAAUUACAUAUGUGGAAUAUGUUCAACAAUAAUACUCUUUACCCAGGAGUCGGCGGCCAUCAUCAACCAUUUUCUCCACAGCCAACUCAUUCCCCUGUUCCACCAGAAGCGAGUCCUGAACCACAGAGAGAAGCACUGGAUCUUGGACUCAGAUCACCGCCAACGUCCUCAUCCCCGCCAAGGCAGAGUCCUCUUUCGUCUGGUGGUAGUAUUCAAGUAAAGAAUGAGCAGGAUUUAGUCGGCAGAUCUGCACCUGCAGCCAUUAAAAGGCUUAGGUUAGAAGACGAAACUCCUGAGGAUAGAGAUAUAUUAUCCAAUCCACGCACCAACAUAACGAUCUCCAACCGAGGUGACGGACGUAAUGGAGAUAAUUCGCUUGUGGUUAGUAUAGAGUUGAAUGGAGUUAUGUACCAAGGUGUUCUGUUUGCGCAAACUGCAAGUAGAAACAUGACGCCCGCUUCCACCAACAGUACGAAGACACCGCGAAGUCUCGUCUCGUGAAGAGAUCUCAGACGAGCGCUGCUAAUUUGGUCUCCUAAACACUUCGAGAUUUAGUUACAGUCUUGUUCGUCUAACCCAGAUCGAAGCAGUCUCUUCCUCAAAUGUUUCCUAAUUGCCGAAUGUUAGAGUUUAUUCUAUUUCAGAGACACAAAUCGUCCAUAAAACAUCGUUUAGUACAACGUUUGAUGUUGCCUCUGUUGAUACAUUUAGAUUUAAUAGAUACGCGAUUUUAAUUCCAGAACCUUGGAGUAAUGAAAUUCCUGUUUGCGAUUUAUAAAUUUGAUCGGUGAUUGUAAAUAACUGUAGAUGAUUGCUUAAGAUUUUGAAGGCACUUUUAACAACUGAAACCUAGAUAGUGCUUUUAUUUCAAUCAUAAUUAAUUUGUUAGUCGAGAACCAGAGCUUAUUUUAUGAGAUGAACUUUAUGACUUGAAGCUUGCACAUUUUUAUUUGAGCGAGCAUGACUUUCCGGUAUUCGUAGACUGUUUCGUUCUGGAUGAAUUGAGUGUAUGUUGGAUGAAAAAGGCGAGGAUGUAUGAUUUGCGUGCAAUUAAUAGAAUAUUUUAGAUUUUAAAACCCAUUCGCCUUGCGCUUCUUUCACUGAAUUAGAGUUAACCAAAAAGUUGCACUCAGUAUUACCACUUUUUUCAAAAUGAUAAAUUAUAGAAUAACAUUCCUUGAAAUUUGCAGAAAGUCAAUUCAUGCCAAUCAAUCGUCAAUUUCAACUUUUUUUUUAUACGUAACUGGUAAUACUGAUGUAAAACGAGUAAUGAAAUAUUUAAUCGAAGGUCUGUAGUAGUUGUACGAUACCAUGGCUGUUGGAUCUGGUCCUUAAAAUGAAAGAAAAAAAUAUUGCGAGGUGCGUUUUAAUCAGAAGUGCUUGGCCAGAAUUAGUAUUAUAGAAGUAUGCCAGAAAUGUAUUUCCGGCACAAACAGUCGAGGUUUUUUUUUGUAUUUUACCCCCUUCAUUAAAUCAAAACGAAUUAAUUUAUUUAUUAGCCUCGAUUUCUAGAUGUGCGCGGUUCGCGUUCGCGCUGCGAGUAAACCACGUGAAUACUUUUACUCGCUUCGAGAAAGCUUACUUAGGUUUUCUCGUCGAUUUUUAUAGCAUUUUAAUCAGUUCUUAAAUGUGUAAAUGAUUUUCGUAAGGUGACAACUUCCGCGUCCGAAAAAGGGAAGGAACCGUUAGAAGUGAGGUAAACCUUCUCUUUGUCGUUAUAUUUGUUAAGUUUGUACAUAUCAUGAACGAAAGAUCUGACUUAAUACAAUUCGACUCUGUAUAAAUAUUUAGUGAUGCUUUUAUUAUUGGAAUUUUCGAGAUUUUUAUCAAUGUUUCGCUUAGUAAAAUUCUUUAAUAAUUAUUUUUCUUCGAGCGUCUCGAGUCCGCUCUUCUUCUUAGUUGAUAUCUGGAUUGCCAGUAUUCAGAUGAAUUUAAAUUGUAAAAAGUACGUAAUACGGCAAUAGUAGGAAAUGUUGCGAAUUUUUAAAAACUGAGACGUCCACACUCUGCUUCAUGCGCAAAAACAAGUAAAAGUGGUAGAUAUUUUUUUUUUAAAUUGAAUCUCAAAAGGUAUGCGAAUUUUUUAUAGUUUUUUUAAAGAUUUAAAACUUUGUACAGCAUUUAUCAAUAUUAUUAUUGUUUGCAACAUUUUCACAUCUUCAUUUUGACAAAACAGAAAGUUGGUUUCAAGUUACGUGAAAUUAGACGAUUCCGAAAAAUGUUUAUUGGAUAGUAGGACAAUUAUAAAGAAUGGAAAAAUGAUUGGUUCGUGUUGACAUAAAGCGUGAACGUCUAAUAAAAAUUUCGCAGCUGCUAAAUAGAAAAAAAAAACGAUAUAAUCUAUGUAAUGUACGUCGAGUCUUAAAUUAUGUUUUAGGCGUCGUAUGCAAUAUUAUGCAGAUAUAAGACAAGCAUCUGAUUUAGUCAUAAUAGUUAGGUUUACCUGUGUAGAUGAGAUAAGAUAAUGUAAAGAUAUCGAUGAAGAAUAAGCCUCGAAUGUCAAGAGUUUAUCUUAUUUUAUGAAUUAACAAAUAAGUGCGGAGCAAAAGGAAUAUUUUAUUGUUCAUAGAUGGAAGUUUAGCCAAAAAAGACUGUUACAUAGGACGAAUAUUACUCUAGAUUAAUUCUUACUACGAUUACUAUUAACGAUAUUAUUAUCAUCAUUGUCAUCACGAUCAUUAUUAGUAUUACUGUUAGUAAUUUACUAAUGCGGCUACCACUGCUACGUUCGUGGUCUUUCCAAUCAAAAUUGCUGUCCAAUUCUUGUCUGAACUUCGCACCUUUCGUUGAAGAGUCAUUUAUUUUAACACUUUGUAUUGUCAGCUGGUUUUGUAAAAUCGGCGAACGUUCUCUUUUUAAAGACAUUUGUAGUAUCGUUUACUCAAAAUGAAUGGAAGAUAGUUAACAGGCUUAACUCAAGUUUUAAGCAUUGAAGUAAGAAAAGUGGUUCUUUGUUAUCGAUUCCGGAGGCUCGCUGUGACAUGCAAUGUUCUUAUAUGUCUCAUUUAUUUGUGAUUUAGCGAGAAGCUCGUUAGGCAUUUGUUAAUGUUUUGGGCCACCUUGCAUAUACGCGUAAGUGAUUCUCCUAGGUACAUUGAUUUUUUAAAUAUGUAAUAAAUAAUAACUACAAUUGCACUACAUGUACACACAUACUACAAUAAUAAUCACUGUUGUAUAUAUAUAUUAUCGUUUAAAGGAGAAACAAAAAACCGAUGACAUUUAUCUAUUAUAAACUCCUUAAGUAGCGACUUACAUACUCUCUGUAAAUCUAUGUAAACGUGCCCCACGAAUAUAUGAAUAAAAACAACAUUACUUUUAGCUUCAA